UGGCUCUACCGCCACCUAACGUAACGCGAGUACUCACUGUAGAUUUGUGAAGAUAAAAUCAAAGAGAUACGGCUUGUUGUCUCCAUAUGGUAUUUCGGUGAAUUUUGCCAUUAAAUAUAUAUUAAGUGGUUAGUUGUUGAUAUCGAUUUGCUAUGAAUUUGAGCUUAAACAUCCGGAAGAAAGUAACAUUUUUAUGCAGUCUGACUGAAUGCCUAAUCUUUGGAGGACCUACAUUUGGAUGGGCAUCACUGGUUUAUGUACUGCGAGACAGAGGAUAUUUCAGUGACCUGUGUGCAAAUGCUACAUCAACACAAUUAUCUGAUAGUGUAAUCAAUGGAAAUGCUUCUGACGACUAUCUAGAAAGUCGGCGCUAUCCUACAUGUGCUGAGCAAGAUGCGUUUCUGCAGCUCGUGUUUAUUGUUGGUGCAUUCGGUAUAAAUUCAUCGUCGCUUCUGUUCGGUCCUUUGUAUGAUAAAUAUGGAUCGAGAUUAACAAGAGUAAUGAGCAGUAUUUUUAUCAUGACGGCAUGCCUACUGUUUGCAUUUAGUAGCCACUCUACAGCUUAUCUCACAUUCAUAGCUUUACAUCUUCUGGCGAGUGGGGGAAUCCUACUGCUUAUAACAUCUUUCCAGGUUGGGAAUUUAUUUGGUAGCUAUCGCUCAACAGUUAUGACAAUUCAUAGUGGUGCUUUUGGAUCUUCUGCGAUUGUCAUGCUUUUUGUAAAGAUUGCUUACACUGAGGGUGUGUCAAUGAUGUCGUGCUUUAUUUUUCUAGCAGGCAUUUCUUUGAUUUUCAACGUCAACACCUUCAUUUUGCUACCAAAAUACAAGAUUCCUUGGCCGCUGCCAGAGAAUUGGGGAAAGUCAGUUACGGUGUCUGAACGUUUGCCCAUCGAAGAUACCCAGGAAAUGGAACUUGUUCAGUCAAAUAGUGCUGUGACUAAUAAUGGUACAGUCCAAACAGUGUCAUGGAUGGAUGUUGAAUAUCCCAGCCUUCUCAGCUGCCUUAAGUCUCUAAUGUUUUUAUUAUUUUUGAUGUGGUUUUCAAUUCUUCAGCUUACACAUUUCUUCUAUAUUGGAACAUUUAAUCCUCGAUUACAAUUUCUUACAGAUGAUGAUAAAGAUACAAGACCAGACAAGCGUACAUCACUAGAUGAUCUCCAGGACUUUAUACUCGGAAUUCUGCUCGCAAACUUUGUCACAGCAGCAUUCAACGUCACCAUGAUGAUACCGGUAUUACCACUUCAAUUCCUGACGUUCUUCUUGCAAGUGAUGGGACGUGCAUUCAUUUAUGGCUGUCUGGCCACAUUCAUAUCAACGACAUUUCCUGGUAGAUACUUUGGGUCCGUGUAUGGUACAAUAUCUAUCCUAGCAGCCUGUAUAGCACUCUUCCAGUAUCCACUGCUUAAGUUAGUUCAAGGGCCAUUUGAUAAUAAUUCAUUUUAUGUGGAUCUUUUUCUCCUAAUUUUGAAUGUAUGUACCCUUACUCAGCCACUGUACGUUUACUACUUUGUAUCCAAGAAAAAGCGUUUUACCCUCACAACGGAAUAUCAACCAACAUUUGCUGAUAGUGCAAGUGAGGCAGAUCUAAAUGAGAAUUAGUUGGAUCGUCUGAAGUGUAAUCAGUGGCAGAUUUGGGGAAGCCUGCCCGGGUAAUUGUAAAUUUUUUGUAAUAAAAAAAAAUAAUGCAUAAAAAAAUAAAUUGUAAUCAAAUUUUAGUCUGAGAGUGCCAUUUUACUGGAUCCACCUGGUUUUUUUUUUGGGUUUAGAUGAAUUUAAAAUUUUUUUAUGGCAGUGAGUGAACUAACAGUGUAAAAUUUAAAUAUAUUUUUAAUAAAAAUUGUUAUUAUGAGCCGGGGAAAA